CCUAUGCAGUAUGCGGCUAUGCUUCUACUUCUGCUUAUAAAACAAUUCGCGAAUGAAUGUUGAAUUGUUAUAUUGCACAUUAUUUCUCGUCGGACUCAAAAACAACCUCUGUCGUUUAAUUACGCUCACAAUAUGUCUAUGAAUCAAUUGAAUCCAGCUUACGAAGCUAUUGGAAAAGGGUUCGUACAACAAUAUUACGUGCUGUUUGACGACCCGUCCCAAAGGCCUUCGUUGGCCGCAAUGUAUAACCCGGAAACGUCUUUUAUGACUUUUGAAGGUGUUCAACUACAGGGUACAGUUAAAAUAAUGGAAAAAUUAAAUAGUUUAACUUUUCAAAAAAUCAAUAGAGUUGUAACUUCAGUGGACUCUCAACCAAUGUUUGAUGGUGGUAUAUUAAUUAAUGUCUUAGGUCGUUUACAGUGUGAUGAAGAUCCACCUCAUCCAUUCAAUCAAGUGUUUGUAUUAAAAUCAGUAGGUACUACUUUCUAUUGUGCCCAUGACAUUUUUCGUUUAGGAAUUCAUGAUACUAUGUAAAACAUUGUAACUAUUAUAUUGUGUUUAAUGUCACUUAAAUGUUGUCAAUAAAUCAGUUUUGGUAACUAA